ACGAUAGAGUGAAUGAUAAUAUUGCUUCCUCGUCCAUCGUUAGUCAACAUAUAUUUAAUAAUAAUACGGUAUAUUUUAAAAAUACGGUUUUCAUUACGUAGAAAACGUAUUUUAAAAUCUGAAGAUCUCAUUUCGAAGUACCAGGGCGCUUGAAGCUUGUGACAUAUCUCAAUACUGGAAUAAUUGCGUCAUAGAAAUCAGCCAAUCAACAUUGAAGAAAAACGCACAAAAACAACCCGCGGUCAUGUGAUCAAGUGUAUCUUUUCUGGCACGUGGGGUCGGUGAUCUUGACGAACCUCGUGCGAGGAAUUUACUAUGAAUUGUACUUGUGUUGUAAAUUAUUGUUGUUUCAUCGCGUAGUAAUCUGCUAGGAGUUUCCCUUCGUCAAUUUGUUUGUUUUGUUUUUAUCAACCGGCGUUUUUAAGUGUCGUUUUAACUUCGCCCACUGUGUAUACCGUACUGAUUUUAUUAUCGAUCGUGGGCCGCGUGAAUUCCACCAUUUUAUCUGCUUGGAAUUUUAUUACAUUCUUCCAGUUGGCCAUUGGAAAUAAAUAUGGAAGAUCUGAACGGUCAGGAGUUCAUGGGCUCAUCCGGCCAGAACCCUCCAGUCAGAAGAGGAAGGCUCCAGGUUUCCAAAGUUGGACCAAGUUUUAAUUGGCAGGCAUUUCAAACUCACUUAGAGUCAUAUGGACAAAUUUUUAAAACAACUUCUCAAACUGAUGAAGAUGACCAGUCAUUGUUGACAUGUUUUGUUGAAUUUGCAGACCCAAAUAAUGCAAGAAGGGCUGCAGAUGAUUUGAAUGGAAUUGAUUUUGACGGUAGUAGAUUAGAGCUAGCAUAUUUUGAGGACGAUUCCCAACCAUUAUAUGAUGACACGACAAAGCAAAGAAAUCGACAGGGCGGUAGAAAUAGACCUCGAUGGAAUAGACAGAAUAGUCAUGCUAAUAUGCCUUUAAGAAUAUUAAUUCCUGGCGACAUGGUUGGUGCUGUCAUCGGAAAGGGCGGUGAAACGGUCCGCAAAAUGUCAAAUAACACAAAUGCAAGAAUUGAUGUACAUAGAACUGUUAAUAUAAAUGGAUUUAAGCCUGUAACAAUAACAGGCCAAACAGACAGACCAGGAGAAAAUUGUAGUGCAGCAUUUAGGGAAAUACACCAGAAACUUAUCGAAGAAGCAGAAAAGAAAGCUGAAGGGGAAGAACAGACGAGCAUACCAAUGAGGAUGUUAGCGCCUGAUUUGCUGAUGGGUAGAGUAAUUGGAAAAGGGGGUAGAAAUUUAAAAGAAAUCAAAGUAAAGACGGGGACAAAAAUAGAUGCAACUAGAGAUCCUGUCACGCCAGUUUUUAACGAAAGAAUAAUCACUAUCGAGGACCCAAGUUUCGAAAAUCCUGUUGAAAAAUGUAGCAACGCGGAAGAGGAAAUUAGUAGAAUUUUACGGAAAAGUUAUCAGGAUGAUCUCAACAACAUGGCGAACAUGAAUGGUCGCAUGGCACAGAAUGCAAUGGGGCCGUUCUCGAAUCCUUAUCUUAUGGCAAUGAUCGCGCAACUCACCGGAGGACGUGGCAUUAAUGGCAUGCCUCCUCCUUAUAUGGGUAAUGGUAUGAACCCAGGUGGUUAUAUGUCGGCCAGUGGCAUGCAUUCACCAUCUGCUCAAGGCGCUGCAAGCCAAAAGAUUGAAAAGAUUCACAUCGCUGUUCCAAAGAAUGCUGUGGGUGCCAUUAUUGGCCGUGAAGGUUCUGUCGUCAACGGUAUAAGACACGCUUCAGGUGCCUCGGUUCAAGUGUUGAAAAGUGACGAAGAUGCUGUUGAAACUCUGGUUGAACUACGUGGCUAUCCACAUCAGCUUACUAUGGCUGAAGGGGCCAUUUUCCAAAAGAUACAAGAACAAGGGUUCGCUGGUCAUCCACAUCAAACUGUUCAAUUACGAACAGAAAUAAAAAUCCCACCUGAGGCUGUUGGUCGUAUCAUUGGAAGGCGGGGUGCUAAGGUUAGGUCACUUCAAGGUAGACACAGGGCCUUAGUUGAAGUUCCACGUAGUGUAAACCCGGACGAAACCGAAGUUGUUGUGCGUGUUCUUUCAGACUAUCUUGGCAGUCAGGGUGUGCAAACGGAAAUUCGCGAGAUCGUCGCUCAAGUGGAAGCGCAAAGGAAGUAGGGUCCUUUUAAAGAAAUCUCCGAUCUGCCUAAUUUUAUUUUUUUUGAAGCUUUUGAUGUUUAAUUUGGUUUUAUUCCUAUCACUAUCAUCUAAUUAAGUAUCAGGCCUAUAUCUUUGUAGUUUACCCAUAAAGUUGUUGUAAUUCCCAUGAUCAAAUACUGUUAUAUACUCAAUGCACGUUAUAUCUGAAAACCAAUCGUUUACUCGAUCUAUAUAAUCUCUCAACACUCUCGAUUGUAUGUUUACUGCAUCCUGAGCUGUUUUUGUAAUAUUGUACAUGUAAUAUAAUGUACAAAUUUA